CUUGCCGUGCCUUCGGAGCGAGCUGCGAAUGCAGAAGGACGCAAGGAAGAGUAUGUGAUGGCGUCGGAGAUAGUGGCUGCUGACGAGAACGGCGGCGGUGGCGGCGAUGCAGGAGGAGGAAGCCGGAGCCACUGGUUAUGGGCCCUCGGCGGCGCUACCCAGAUCGGCUGGGGAAUCUCAUCCUUCUUGAGAGGUUACGCCGGCGACUGUCGCUUCAUGCCCUUCAAGGCCUUCUCCAUCGCUUCUCUCUUCGUCGGCGGCGCUGCCUCAGCUUCCUUCGCCGGCCUCCAGGCCUCCGGCAUCCGCAAGGUUGAAGACCUCAUGGAAGUGGGUGCAAAUAUAAGAACAAGCCUUGGUAUUCCUCCGAGAGCACGAGCCAAUAGUGUGAAAACAGAAGACUCACAAUGGAACUCAACAGCAUAAAUGACACAGCACUGAUGCAGGCUUUAGAUUAAUCUUUAUGAAGUCGCUCCGGAGGAGUAGAGAGAGACGCGAAAGGACAUCACCAAAUGAAGAAUGUUCAAGCAUUUCUCUGCUGCAUGUAGAUUCUUCUUUUAUGAUCCAUCUCGUGCUUUCAUGCAUCUUGCUAUGGAACUUUUCUAUCAGAGUCCAACUCACGGUGAUUGGGACCUGACCACAAGGUUCGAGCCACAUUUUGUUUUUUAGAGUCGGGAAUUUUGGGAUAGUUUCUCAACACAUGCUCUCCCCUGGUCAAUUAUAAAUGGAGUCUGCCUUUCUCCUCCCCUUGAAUUGGUGUUAAGGCUUGCGCUACCUUGUUUCAUGUUUAAUGAGAUGGGUUAGUUGUAUUGGAGGGAUGCGUCAUCGAUUCCAUAAUUUAACUAAUGUUUCCGAGUCACAGAGGAUCUAGAGGAAACUCGUGUCUCUGAAUAAGGUGACGUGAUAUUGAAAAUUGGAUGGAGAAAUCAAUGAUUGAUUUUCAUAGAAUUUUUC